UCGUGUCGAUCAGUGCUCGUGUGUGUGGCGUCUCCGGGUCAGGUUGAUGGAGCGCUGCGGCGAAGAAACACGGUGAAGGAACCGCAAACGGAGGAAACUUUUUUCUGUUCCUGCGCUUCGUGUUUUUCUUCCAUCGCGCCUUUUUUUCCAAAACUUUUUUUACUCACUUUACUUUCCUUUUUUUUUUUUUAAACUCCACGGCGGUUUCUGCACUUUACGGUCCCAGUGGUGUCUCCUUGGCAACACGGUCAACUGUCCUGCGAAGUUUGGGUUUCAGUGCUUUUACCCUCAGCGAGAAAAAGCUGCGCUUUCACACGCUGAUCCACCGGAACCGGACCAGGACCGCCGGGGGCGCGCACCGAGCGUGUUCUAGCACUUUGUUCCGUGGGACUUCGAGUUCUUUGUCGCGAGACAAUAGUGAGAGAGGGGGCGCUCGCGCUGGGGGGGGGCAUCGAUGCCUCGCGGCGCUUUGUUCUGCCCUGUGUGGAGACCUCCCGCGAGCCCGCCGCGGACACCCGCCGAUCGAUCGGAGUAUUGAUGAUCGGAAAGUCAUGGAUGUAACCCUGUCUGAGCUAUUGGGCGCGUUCAUGGAGUCCCCGCUGGUGGUGUGGGUGCGGACGCUGGGCCCGCUGGGGUCAGGUGACGACGUGGGCUCAGAUGAGCGACUCGGCAUGUUCAUGGAGCUGGUGGACGGCGUCUUCCUGCACAAGAUCAUGACCCACAUCGACCCGAGCCCCACCAAUCAGAGGCUGAACAAGAACAUGAACAAUGACGUGGUGCUGCGCCUUCACAACCUGACGGUCCUCACCCGACACAUCAGGACGUACUACCAGGAGACAUUACAGCAGCUGAUUGUCAUGCCGCUUCCCAACAUCCUCUGCAUCGCCAAGGACCCAAUAUCAGCAAAGAGCAUGGAAGAACUGAAGAGACUUUUGUUGUUGAUUCUGGGCUGUGCUGUGCAGUGUGAGCGUAAGGAGGAGAUGAUUGAGAAGAUCAAGCUGCUGGACAUUGAGACUCAGGCUGCCAUCGUCUCUCACAUCCAGGAGGUGACCCACAACCAGCUGAACGUUCUCGACCUGUCCUGGUUGGAGGAAGGAGCGGAGGUCACCCAUGAAGAGCUGGAACCUCUGUCCCGCAACAUGGCGGCGUCCCUGCAGCAGCUCGUCGACCAGCGCGACAAAGCCAGCGAGGUGAUUGUGGAUCUCACACAGGAGCGGGACUACCUGUCCAGUCAACAGCCCCAGGAGGGGUGCAGGAGCCUGGGCAUGAUCAGCCCGGAGCGUGGGCAGAGCUCCUCGGAGGUGGGAGCCAAUAACGGAGGCUCGGCUGGGUCGGCGCUCUCCAAAGAAGAGAAGCAGCAUCUGUCCGUGGAGCUCGCCGACACCAAAGCCAAGCUUCGCCGAUACAGACAGGAGCUGGAGGAGAAGACAGAGCAGCUGAUGGAUUCAAAGCAUGAGGUGGAGCGUUUGGAUCAGGAGCUGCAGAGACUGAAGCAGGAGAACCAGUCUCUGUCCAUUGAGGCCCGUUCUGCCCGAGUGUACCGGGACGAGGUGGACUCCCUGCGGGAGCGAGCCGCUCGGGUCGACCGCCUGGAGACCGAACUGAGCAGAUGCAAAGAGAAACUCAACGACGUUCACUUCUACAAAACCAGAGUGGAGGAGCUCCGUGAGGACAACCUGACUCUGCUGGAGACCAAGGUGUUGUUGGAGGAGCAGCUGUCAGCCUCAAGGGGGCGCUGUGACAAACUGCACACGCUGGAGAAAGACAACCUGUUACUGCGAGCUAAAAUCCACGACCUGGAGAUGGAGCGGGACAGCGAGCGGCGGCGGCUGGAGGAGCUGGUGGAGGAGAACAUGCUGCUGGAGAUCGGACAGAAACAGAGCAUGAACGAGUCAGCCCACCUGGGCUGGGAGCUGGAGCAGCUCACCAAGAACCACGACAACACUGAGACCCGAAAGUCACUGGUCCACGAGCUGAACGAAUGCGUCUCCAGCCGCAUGCUGAAGCUGGAGAAAGAGAACCGGGAGCUGCAGGCGUCCAUAGAGAGGCUGAAAGAGGAGAACCACCUCCUGCAGGAGCAGCAGCUCCACACGCAGGAGCUGGACCGGGAGAACCAGAGUCUCAGCAACAAGUUGGAGCGACUCCAGGGUUUAUUGGACCAGGAGAAAAUGACCAAUCAGGACAUGGAAUCUCUGGGGGAGGAGCUACUGAAGGAGAAACAGAGUCUAGAGCACGAGUUGCACACUCUGAAGGCGGAGAAGGAUCGACAGAUCUCAGAGCUGGAGAGUGAAAAGCAGCACCUGGCGGAGGCGGUGGCAUCCCUACAGGAGCGCGCUCAGUCUAACAGCGAGGCAAGGGUCCGCGAGGUGGAAGCAGAGAACCGUUUGCUGCACCAGAGCAUCACCGACACCAGCUCUCGAUUGGCCAGCCUGGAAACGCAGCUCAAAGGAUCCAAUGAGGAUGCAGAGAGGCUGAGGGAGCGGGCAGGGCGGUGUGAGGAGGCGGAGCGAGAGUUGGCUCGGCUGGAGAGGAACCGGGAGGCGCUCAACAGAGAAGUGGCAUCUCUGCGGGCAUGUAGCGAGCGCUCAGAGGCUCUGGAGAAGCAGGUGUCCUCCUUGGAGCAGGAGGUGCACAGGUUGAAGCGGGAGGCAGAGGAGAACCAGCGGGAGCUGCAGCAGCUGAUGAAGCAGGAGACAGAAAACAGCCUCCUGUCCAAAGAAAACCUGGAGCUCCGCUGCUCCCUGGAAAGCCUGCGCUCCUCAUCCACCCGCCUCACAACUGUACAGGAGGAGCUUCAGGAGGCACAGAAAGAAAUGCAGGAGCUGCAGAGGAGGCUGGAGGAAGCUGGAGAGGAGGCGCAGGGAGAGAGAAAGCGAGCAGAGAGGCUGGAGGUGAACCUGACAGCUCUGAACCAGGAGAAGCAUCGCUUAGAAGAGGAGAUGGAGAAGAGCAAAGAGGAGAGGGUGGAGGAAGAAAGGAGGAGGCAGGAGACAGAAAGCAGAGAGGAGGACUUGAGGAGGGAGGUGGGGGAGCUGAGGGAGGAGCGGAGGAGACGAGUGGAAGGAGACGAGGAGAGGAAGAAGCUCCAGCUGGACCUGGAGCAGUCGGAGAAGGGCAGGAAGCAGCUGGAGAAGGAGAGCUGGAGGAUGAGGACACUUUUGGAAGGGAAGGAGACGGAGCUGGAGGAGAAAACGAGGAGGCUGACUGAAGUCACGAAGGAGGGCGGAGCUCUCAAGAAGGAGAUGGAACGGCUGAAGGAGGGGGCAGUGAAAGCAAAGGAGAUGGAGCGGGAGAACAAGGAGCUUCAGAAACAAGCGACUAUUGACAAGAGGACGUUAGCCACGCUGAGAGAGGAGCUGGUGUCAGAGAAGCUCAGCAUUCAGCAGCAGAGAGUCGAGUUGGAACGACUGAACGAAGAGCUGGAGAAGAUCGGACUGAACCGGGAGAAGCUGCUGCAGCAGGAGCACACGCUGGAGGACAGCAGGUACAGGCUGCUGGAGUCUCGGCUGGAGGAAACCGUCCAGCAGACCAUGAAGAUAAAGGAGGAUAAAAUCUCCAGCCUGGAAAAGAAGCUGGAAGAAAGCAGCGCUCUCAACAAGACUCUUCGUGCUGAGCUGGAAGCUGCUCAUCAGACGGUGUCCGCCUCGCAUCAGCAGCAUGAGGAAGUAAACCAUAGCUCCCAGGAGCACCCAGCGUCUGACCGCGGCGCCACAGCUGAGCUGCUUCGAAUCAAAGACCAUCUGAUCGAUGUGGAAAAGAACAAUGCCUCCCUGCAGACGGAGAGCAGUCUGCUGAAGGAGCAGCUGAAACAGCUGGAGAACCAGAACACUUCCCUCAACAACCAGAUGGCGGCGCUGCAACGACACACCACCACGCUGCAGGAGCAGAAUUCAGCGUUACACACGCAGACGGCGAAGCUACAGGUGGAGAACUCCACCCUCUCCUCUCAGAGUGCCUCUCUCAUGGCCCAGAAUGCAGUGCUUCAGGGCCAGGUGACCGCUCUGGAGACAGAGGUGGAGUCGUGGCAGCGGCAGCGCGAGGAGGCGUGGCGAGCUAGAGAGAGUGUGCUUAGUGACCACGAACGCCUGCUGAACGUUCAUGAGAGGCAAGCUCACGAGUACGAGCAGCUGAUCAGUCAGCACGCGGCGCUGAAGGGCAAGCAAAGGGCGCUAGAGGGCGAACACAGGACGCUGCACACCAAGUACUGUGUGCUGCUGCAGCAGAAGGAGAAAUGGGAGGAGCAAGAGGGGCGUGGCCUGAAAGAAAAGGAGGAGCUAAACCUGGAGAUCCAGAAGAACCGCCUCCUGCAGCAAGAAAACCUCCAGCUGAAAGCAGAAGCAGACAGACUCACCGAGAGCCAAUCACAGCAGAUGGAGCAGAGCAGAGGGCUCCAGCAGCGAAUCAGCGAACUCAAGACCUCUUUAGGCUCCGCCCAGCUGGAAGUGAGUCAGUGGAGAGCACAAUACGAUUCGCUGAUGGAGCAGCACCAGAACCUGGAUCUCACCAUGACCAAACUAGACAACCACUGUGAGCUCCUGAGUCGCCUCAAAGGUAACCUGGAGGAGGAGAACCACCACCUGCUGAGUCAGAUCAACAUGCUGAGUCAGCAGAACCACACGCUGCUGGAGAGGAGCAUGGAGAGCAAAGAGCAGUACCACCAGGAGCAGAAGCUCUACAUUGAUAAGCUGAACGCUCUUCGUCGUCAGAAGGAGAAGCUGGAGGAGAAGAUCAUGGACCAGUACAAGUUCUACGACCCCACGCCUAAAAAGAGGAGUCAGUGGGCUGGAGCCAAAGCUUUAGUCAAACUCAUCAAACCUCGAAAGGAGAGCAGCCGAGAGAGGGGAGCCGAGAGAGAGCGAACAAAGAGCGCCCCGGACAUCCCCCUACCUGCCACCCCCUCCCUCCUGUCCCCUGAGACCCCACCCCCUCUGCCUCAGCGGACUCUCAGUGACUCACAGGAUGGCGGCUACGCUAACAGCAACCACAACAGCCCAAGUCUGGGACCCCAGAGUCCACCUCUGACCACCAUCAGCAGAGGAUUAACAGACAGGGGCCGGGGGGUUUAUCACAGCAGCACUCCAGGAGGAAGCAAUGAAAGCAUCAAUGGAGAUGAUGCACACGGAGCAGGUCAGUCCCAUAAACUCCACCUGAGCUCCACUCCGAGCCAUCCGUCAUCCUCGCUGGGCUUCACCAACAGCUCCGCCUCCAGACUGGGACAGAUUGCCGGUCGCAGGCCCAGAGGCCCGUUAUUGGACGAAGACUCUCGCCACAACACCUCUGACCAGGUGUUUGGAGGUCACCCAGGGUCAGCAGACUUCAGCCACAACACAUCCAGCUCCAACUCACCUGUGAGCUGCAGAGACGCAUCAGACCGUCAGGCUCGCUCUGCCAGCCUCUCCAGCGAUGACAUCACUGGUCUCAGCCAAUCACAGCAGACCCUGUCACGGAGCUCCACCCUUCCAUAUGAUCACACACCCCAGAGGGCCCAGCCGCAGCGUGGAGGCGGGGUCAGGAGUAAGACCCGCCCUGCUUCUCCUGGAAGUGAGAUGGUGACGCUGGAAGAGUUCCUGCAGGAGAGCAACCUGCAGUCUCCUCCUGUGGUGUCCACGGGAAGCAGGGAGGACCUGGUGACGGACUAUUUCACCAGAAGCCCCGCCCCCUCUGGGCCCACCAGCAGAGAUCAGGUGACUCCCACCAGCUAUGUCACGCCAACUGUGCAGUCAUCCAAUCAGAGGCCGGGGCAGAGUGUGAAGCCUUUGCCCCGUCAGCCUGUGGGCCAAUCACCCGCCUCGGGUCAGCGAAGCAGCCAAUCACUGAAUAGGGCCUUCAGCCUGGCCUCGGCCGAUCUGCUGCGUUCCAAUGGGCCGGACAGCUUCAGAGGAAACGAGGGCUCACCCAGUCAGGCCGACGUGGUGGUUCGACGGCAAGGGGGCGGGAGUAACGGGAGGGAGCGGCCGCUGUCGGCUCGUUUUACCACCCUGUCCAAUCAGAAUGCAGACGGCAGCUUCCUGAACCCGACCAUCCACCACUCGACUUCCCUUAACCUGCAGGCAGAGCGCUACGCGGAGAGAGAGCGGGACAGAGGGCGGAGUGCCACUUCCCGGAACAGCCUCCACCGUGGAGAGGUCGCCAUGGUAACCCCCGUGAGAGCGGUGCCCGCCACUCCUCCUGACGAAUCCCCAGAGUACAGCGAGGUCCUUAGGGAGGGGCGGUCAGGUGACUCCUCCCACACAAAGAAAGAUGGCAAGAGAGGGAGGUGUGGCUCUGUGGAACGCCCGAAGAGCAUGCCGGCAUCGCCCGACCCCAACAACGACCCCCAAACGGUGUGGUACGAGUAUGGCUGUGUCUAAAUACUGGAGCUUUAUGUCCCACAUCCAGACUCAGUGACAGGAAGUGGGUCUGAACUCUGAUCCUGCUCCAAACCCCCGAAGCAACUCCGCAUUCACACUUCCUGUUUGGGAAGCUUUUUUGUAAAUAAAUGCACACUGGUGAGUCAGUCACAUGAUCAUCUCUCUGAGGUGGAUGCAGGACUGGAUGGAGCGGCAUUUUUGCUGACACCACAACACUAUCGGCACUUCCCGCGGGGGGGUUAGAGCGCAAUGCAGCCAGGCGCUUCCUGCUCCAUCACCUCCACCCUGCAGUGACCACAACACUACGAGCGGCCCCAUCUACCUGCUGGAUUCUCGACACAACUCUCCUGAAGCACCUGAAUGUAUGAGACUUCUACGCUUUGCUGCUCUCCUCUGAUAUCAGCACCAAACACUGGAGGAGGAGGAGGAGGAGGAGGAGGAGGAGGAGGACGGGGUAAACAGGACGGCAGAGGGCCUCCUCCCUGUUAAAUUACAGCCCUGCUCCCUCCAUCUUUAGAUUCUAUCCCAGCAUGCAACACUCUGACACUUUACUGGAAAUGUUGCUCAACCCAAACUGACACUAGACACACACACGCGCACACACACACACAUAUAUUUAUAUAAUGAUAUAGAGACACUCAGGCUUUGUCCUUGGGGGGUUUCUGUGGCUUCUCUGGCCGCUCAGCUGGAUUUAAUUCACACACACACACACGCACACACACGUGUGCGCUCUCACUCAGCACCGGGUGAAACGCUCCUAACGUUAGCACACGCACACACGCAGAGUUUAGGGACCCUGCAGCUGUUUGAAUCUGGUGAGAAUAAAAUCAUUCACGCUUUUCCUCUGAGCCAAAAGAAAAUCACAGUUUUGGGGUUUUUGUUAAUUAUAGAUAGAACACACUCACACACACACACACACACACACACACACUCAGAGAUAAGGAGGAAGAUUCCCGCCUGUCAGCCUCAUUCCUAGGUUUCUGCUCAUUAGCUUAAUUGGAGAUUGUAGGAUGGCCAUAGGUGAGACUGGUGACCUGUCCAGGUGUACCUGCCUCCCAGUUUAAGACUUUCAUCUCAUUUAGAGAUUUUAUUUCAUGUCCGAGUGAAGAGUUCAGAGCACCAUGAAUGAUUUUAGUCUUUUUCCCCUCUGACUGAGUUUACAGACUCUUUGGGGGAGGAAGAGGAGGCAGAAAAGACUGAAGGUGUCUUUCAGACACAGGUGAUGAUAUUUAAUGACUGACUGAGCUUUAGUGUGACCUGCUGUUUCCUGUUGCAUCAGAAAUGAUGACAAAGCACUACAUUAUUACUUAGAAUGAUGAUGAUGAUGGUAAAGAGGAAGACGUAACACUGGAGUCUAGAAACAGAUUGAUGAGUUAAAUUAUUCCUCCUGGAAUGUGUACAUGUUUGAUUUGAUGACUUUUUUUUAAAAAAAAACUCUUUACUUUGAAAAUACCAAAUGACUUCCUGUAAGCUGCCACAGGUUGAUGCACUCAUGUUACCUGUGUGUUUUCUUUGUGUCCCGUUGCUUUAAAGCAGACCUGUUCUGCUCCUUCCAGCUCUUUUUAUUCCUGGACCCUGUUAGAGCGGCUUUGCAUGAGUCACAAUUCAGAAAAAUCUUCUUUGCAUGAAACCAAACUUCAGUGCAGCCAUCCGUUCAUCCAGUCUCAAUUGAGCUGUUUUAGCUCCUCCUCCUUCAAGGAAGGAUUCACGCAUACGUUUCCCAUCUCUCGCCAGCCAAUCAAAUCUUCCAGUUCCACUACGAGCCAAUCAAAUCACAUUAUGAAAAUGCCCAAGAGCAAGGUGGCUGCUUUUUGUUUGUGUGCUUAUAAAAGCCCAUUUUUAGAGAACUUUCUCCUGAUUGGCUGCCCCUGACAAACAGAAGGUUUGAUGACUUAGAUCUCUGAGCAGAAAAACCUCCUGAGCUGUUGGCUCCCAGGGAUUACCUGCUGUAUGGACAGAUAUGUGACAGGAAGAAGAACAGGUCCACUUUGUUUCUCUCUUCCUAUUUGACUUCCUGCAUGCCCGCCUUGUCCAGUCAGACCUUGGUGUCACCGUGCCGCAUCAUCACGAGGAGGAAGUGAAAGGCGAGCUGGCGUCAGUGACGUUUCCUGCUGUUGUUCGCUCUGAGAACAUUUCUGCUGUGAUGACUGUAAAGAUGUUUUUGAAACAAACACAUGAACGCUUUUUGUUAAUAAAGAUUUUUAAAGUUU